UUGACGGCAUUGUAUCAACAAGUGUGUGAGAUUUUUAUUGACCAUGGCCUACCCUUUGACCACGUCUGGGUAAACAACCUUUAAUGAGUUUAAGAGAGAAAGAGAGAGAGAGAGAGAGAUGGUUGUGUUAAUCGUUACUUUUUUCGUACCUAGAACUGGAUCAUGGUGUGGAGACAACAGUUAUCGUUCCAGUCAUUAUCUGAACUAUACGGUCAGGAUAAAGUGAUUCAGUCGUUACAUCCGAGAGCACGUAAAGCGGUGCGGCAAAUCUACUUGGAACAACUGGAUAAAUACAUGCAGUGGUUUCCUUGGUCGUGGUUUUCUGAUAUGCAGUUUAUUGGUGCUGGUGGAUUUUCUGCCGUCUAUGCCGUUCAUAUGACACCAGCCUAUGACCCACAACCACUACGUAUGGCACUUAAAAUAGUCGACGACAAGCUCCUCAACGAGAUCUCGGUGCAGUCAAAAGCUUUUUUACCACUGCUAUUUCAGGGAUUGACAGUGUGUGAGAGUACAGGCGAUUUAAUGAUGGUAAUGAAGUUUAGUAAUGAUGGCAAUUUAGAAGAUCACAUGCAACAGCUCCCACUUGGGGAUCUUGAUCUAAAGACGAUUACAGGCACGAUAUUACGAUUAGCAGCGAAUUUAGCGGAUUUACACAAGGUGGGGAUGUGUCAUCGUAAUGUACACCCACGUAAUAUUGUGUGUACAGAUUCUGAUUAUUUCUUGGUGGAUUAUCGAUUUGCGACACCAACGGAGGAAUCGACGUCUGUGACGGGACUGACGAAAGCGGUGUAUGGACGAUUACCGUAUAUUGCACCUGAACUACGACAGGGUAUCUAUACAGAGAAAUCGGAUAUCUAUAGCUUGGGAGUGAUUAUAUGGCAACUUGUGAGUAAAGUAAUAUUUCCUUCACCGGAUGUGCUAUUGGAUGGACAAAAACGAGGAGAGGAACAUGUGUAUCGUAUUGAACGUGUACCUGGGUUACCAGAUUGGUAUGAACGGUUGUAUGUGGCAUGUUUAGAGCCUAAACCAGAGAACCGACCUGAUGCAGGUGAGAUCUCACGAGCCUUACAAAAGAUUCAUCAAGGGCUCCAAUUUUCGGUGCCUCUGGAAGGAAGUGUGACAGAAUAUAUUGUGGCAAGAAGAGCGGAAGCAGCGGAUCAUUUACGUACGUUUGCAAAAGUCAAAGGUAUUGUGUCGGCAUCUACGACGCGAUUAUAUACACUUAGUAACUUGCCAUGUACACAAUUUUUUAUUUCUUUACGGUUUAAAAAUGAUGUAUUUCAGAAUGUGUUUUAAUAAUAAUAAUAAUAAUAAAAGAAAAAGAAUAUAAAAACUUUUUUUUUUUUUUUAGGUACAGGUGAGGUGUGCAUUUUCCCAAAAGGCUUGCAUUUUUUUGAGCUUCUUUGUGGAUUCAGUGUCAAGAUCGUCCAUACCCCACAUGAUUUCUUUAAUACGUUCAGCGGCUUCACCUUUUUCAAGUAC